AAUUGAAGACGACGACGAUGACUGAUCCAACGGAAGUGAACCGAAUCUGCGUUGAAACUGGAGCAUCUCCAGAAGAAGCACUCUAUUACCUCGAAGGAUACGAUUGGAAUUUGGCUACGGCGAUGGAAUCUUGCCGCGUCAAAACCUUGCCUUCCGUCAAGGUCAAAUCUUCGCCGGAGGUUUCAGUUAACGAGCAAUCCACGGCGGCGGAUUCUUCAGCUACUCCGUCAACACCGCCAAGAUCGAUCAAUUAUCCAAGUCGGAGUUCGAAUCAGAUUCCGCCAAGAAAAAGGAUCGAUUCACGUCAGGUUUUGAAUCCGGCGAAGGAACUAUCGUCUGAAUUGAAGCAAGAACGCAUCGUUUUAUUCCAAGAAGUGGCUCCUGAAUUGCCUCCGCAAGAAGUCCUCUCUUUGCUCGAGCGCUUCAAUUGGGAUGUGGAGAGAGCCGGGGACCAUUACUGUAACCAGCGAUAUUCGCAGCGUACUUCAUAUGCCGAUGAUUGGGAUCUUCCGGAGAUUGAUCAGUCGUCUUUGCAGGGGUUUCAAGAGGGUUAUAUGCCGAUGAUUGGGGUUUCGAAUUUGGAAGGAUUCUCAAAAGAUGAAACAUCGACGGCUUUGGCUAUGGAUUUGAUGGACCAUAGUGCUCCGCCUCUUCCAUCAUUACAUUUACCUUCACUAUCUCAGUUUAAUGCUUCUGUUGGCUAUCAAAUCGGGUACUCUUCUUCUUCUCCUGGUAUGAUGAACGUUGAUGUGGAUGAGAUGGGAGUUUUACAAGAUGUACCUAUAAUGUCUUCCUCUCAAGAGCAGAUUCAGGGAAGUAGCUGUUCUGCUCAAAACAAGGACCACCCUCCGCCAUAUAAUCUUGAUAGAAUCUGCAGUGAAACUGGAGUGUGUCGAGAUGAAGCACUCUAUUACCUCGAAUCCUUCGAUUCGGAUUUGGCUACUGCGAUUGAGGCUUGCCGCAGCAAAACCUUGCCUCCCCUCAAGGUUAGAUCUUCGCCAGUGGUUUCGGUGAAUGAGAUAUCCGCGGUACCAGAGUGGGAGUCACCAACAGCGAGGCCACUGGUAAUGAACUCACGUCGGAUUUCGAAUGAGAUGCGGAUUCAGCCAGAGCAACUUCCGCCAAAGAUAGAGGAACUAUCGUCUGGAUCCAAUGCUGCAAAAAUCAAGGACUUCUGUGAUAUUGUUGGAACGCAUCCAGAUGUCGCAGUCGCUUACCUCGACCGCUGCAAAUGGCAUGUACAAGAUGCCAUCAACUAUUUCAUGGACGAGGGUGAACUUCCAACAACUGGGUUCUCAGAGGAUGUAACAUCCAAUCCGCCUGUUCCAUUGAUAGGAUUACCUUCACAACCAAUGGUGUCGUCUCAAGUGAAUAACAAAUUGAAGGGUAAGCCUGUUGAGGAAGAUUCAAGCAUGGAAACAUUUCAUGAUCCUCUGACCAUCCAAGACAGGACAAGUGUGGGGCAUGAAGCUGCACCGACUACUAUUACACUAACUAUCUACUUGACCGAUGGUGGGUCUGUGAUGCCGGUAGAUAUUCCUUUUAGAUCAGACCAAACCGUCAGAGACAUCCGCAAUGCCAUUGACGAGCGAACACCAGAUAACGACAGAGAUUACUAUUUGCAAUCAGUGGGUGGAGAAGAUGAUUGCAGGGAUAUGAAUGCAACUGUAGGCAAAAUUUGUAAGAGUGGUUUUACAACUCUCCACCAGGUCUUGCAUGAUUGAUGAAACAGAGAGAAAGAGAGAAAGAGAGAUGUAUAUGACUUUAGAAAUGAUUCUUGCCUUGUAUAGAAAGGAAAAAAGUAGAACAGAGCAG